UGCAUCGUGCAUCUUUAGAUUAAAACGUUUAUAUACUUUGAACAAUUGUUAAAAAAAAAAUUAGUUGUAUUGUGUAAAUUUAUUGAACUAUAUUUGAAAUGACAUCAUUUACAAAUAAAAAUAUUUUAAAUUUAUUAAGAAAUUUACCAAGGAUUUCAAUAUCUAAUCUGAAAAAUAACGAUGGAGCAGUUAAAAAAAAUCAAAGAGGCAGAGCUCAACAUGGUGGUGAUAAACACGGCCAUGGAAAUAAAGGAUCAAAAGCCAGACAAAAUUUUAUGAGACCUGGCUAUGAAACAGGAAAUAAUCCAUUUUACAUGAGAUUCCCUAGAGAACAAUAUUACAAGGACCAUCAUACUAAAAGACAAUAUCCACCACUUUCAUUGAAUUCUUUACAAAAAAUGAUAGAUUUGAAUCGUAUUGAUAUUACUAAGCCUAUUGAUUUAUCUGUACUAUGCAACACAGGCUUGUACAGCAUAAAACCAGAGGACAAACACUUCGGAGUAAAUUUAAUAGAUGAAGGUGCAGAUAUGUUCAAGGCAAAAAUUAACAUUGAAGUGCAAUGGGCUAGUGAAUCUACAAUUGCAGCCAUAGAAAGAAAUGGAGGAGUUAUAACAACAUCAUUUUUUGAUGUUAAUAGCUUAUAUAUUUUAAUAAAUCCCAAAAAAUUCUUCCAGAGAGGGGAAGCAAUCCCUAGACGCAUGAUUCCACCUGAAGAUGCAAUUUUAUAUUAUUCAAGUGCAGCAAAUCGUGGUUAUUUAGCAGAUCCUGAAAAAAUAUCUUGGGAGCGUUUUGUUCUAUCUCAGAAAUAUGGAUACAAACUUCCUAAAAUUGAAGAUGAUCCAGAUUAUGAAAUGCUUAUUUCUAGAAAAGAUCAAAGACAAAUAUUUUAUGGUCUUGAACCUGGAUGGGUUAUAAAUCUAAAAGAUAAAGUUAUACUGAAACCUAUAGAUCCUCAACUCAAAGAGUUCUAUAAAAGUUAAUUACAGUUGUAAAUAUUAGUAUUAAAUGGUUAUGAAUAUAUUAUUAUUUGAUAUUAA